AUGAAGAUUCUUUUAACAUUGGGUAUAGUCGGGUCAUGUUUUGCGUGGGUCAAUCUACGGGAUAGACACUCUUUGCUCAAGGAGAAUGUGAGUUUUUUUCUGGUAGGGCGAAAAGUUGAGAAUACGUUUAUGAAAUUUCUCAUUUCAAACGUUUUUUUGUUACUGCAUUGCCUCAUUUAGGCUCAAAAAAUGCUUCAUCAAGUAACUUAGAAGUUUUUAAUCAUCAAAAAUAGUUAUUGGGAUCGCGGAUUCAGCAUUUUUAAACUGAUCCGAACUAGGAGCUAAAUUCUUGAAAAAGGAAUUUUAUUUAUUUUAGUUUUACAGUUAUUUUUUGUCGCUCCAUCUUUUCAGACUCAAAAUUCAUAAGCCAAUCAACUGAAAAUCGUGUAAAGCUCAUUCCAUAACUCCGAGAAACUCAAUUCAGAGAGUAGACGGCGGCGAGCAAAAGGGACACUCAUCGGCCGAUUUCGAAUACAAAUACGUGUCGAUUUGCGUUAAUGGAUCCGAAGAAGGACUUCUCACCAUUGUGUAAGAAUUAGUUUCCUCUGAAUUACUUAAAAGUCACUUAAGACACGCCAAAGAGUGCAAAGAUGGGCGGUCGAGAGUAGCGCUCGGGAAGUAUUCGAACCAAGUCAACACCACUGGGUAUUUGUAAAUACUCUGGAUUUCAAAAAUAAACGUUUGAGGUGGGGAAUCCUGGAAAUCGAGACGUUCGCUAGCCAUUCUUAUGAUGUGCAAGCCUACGCAGCUGGAGUCGCUGAAGGUAGGAUCUUUCUCUUUUUCUAAAAAGAAAAGGGAACUUCAGGCGAGCUGACGCGUCUGCAGAUUUACUACCACUACCGCAACACCAUCGAGACGCUGUGCAAUAACCACACGUCUGUCAUCAUUUUUUUCUCAUAAAAAAACAUCGCAAUAGAAAUUAAGCAAAAUUUUUGAGAAACUGUCAGGUUAAAAAUUUUAAAACUGAAUCCUGAGUUAAAGCUUUUUUAAAAUUUUACUCUAGGGACUUCUCACCAUUGUGUAAGAAUUAGUUUCCUCUGAAUUUUUCCUCUGAAGAAGUUUAACUUUUGCAUUUUUUUUUUUCAAAACUAGUGAUGAAAUGUUCCUUUCCAGCAACUUCUGCAAACGACUCUACAUUUAUCUGCAAGAACACUUGGAUUGGAUGCGCAGCCAAGUGAUCGCCAAGGAAAACGAAGGAUGUCCCUACUGGCGCCAUGUUUGACGACGUCGAUUUGUUGCCAUCAUGAUCAUUUCCAGGUUAAUCUGACCUUCGCCCAGCUGACAGGCGUCUACGACGCCUACUACAGACGAAACCUGACCCCGGAGAUUGGUUUUGAUUUGCAUCCAAUCUAGUGAGUUAGUUUAUAGAAGUUCUGUGAAAACUUCUUUUUGACUCGCUCCGACGAGAUUUUGGAAAAAAAAACGUGAAAAGAAAAAUCAUUCAGCAUGAUGCAACUGUCCGGAGAGAUGUUCGACCUGAACAAAUUCCUCAACAAAACUCCCGAUCCGCUGGAGUACCCUGAAGCCGGACGUUGCUCUGGAUUUGUCAAGCUCGCUCCGAACAACGCGGUAAUAUCAUGCCUUUACCGAACUACAAAAAUAAGCUCCCCAGGAUUUGUUCUUCGCCCAUGUCGCCAUGUCUAGUUUGAGCUGGAUGCAGAGAAUCGUCAAGAUCUACAAAUUUGGUUACGGUAUAAAGCAAUUCCGCUCUUUGGUUGCAGUGAUGAGUUCAGACAAGAAUGAGGUUCCCGGACAUACGGUGUCAUUCUCCGGCUACCCCGGAGCUCUCGUUUCGGCCGACGAUUACACUCUGACCAGCGCUGGAUUGGUUUUUUGAUGGCAAACGCUCUGAUGAUAUUGUAUUUUUACAGUCGUCUAUUGAAACGACAAUUGCUAUUUUCGACAAGGAACUUUACACAAGCAAGUACAUGAAGGCCCAGGGACAAGUCCACUGUUGGGUCCGCUCUUUCAUCUCCAACGCCCUCUCCAAGUUAGACCGCUCUUGUUAUUCUGUUGUAGCUGCAAAGUAGAAUAAGAAGCUUUUCAGGAUGUUUCUCACAAAGCAUUUUUGAUUUGAAUAUUCGAAAUUAGCUCAAAAUUUUUCUAGACUAAACGAAGAAUUUGAUAGCCACAUCCUGCAGAAGACCCUAAUUUUCGAUGACUCACGUUUCAAAUUCUCAAAAAAAAAAGAUUUUCUUUGAAAGUGCUAUUUUGUCAGCUGAGAGCUUUUUUAAAAUCAAUCAAAUGGCUGCCAUGAUUUCUUUCAACCUUUUUCAGAACUGCGAAGGGAUGGACCGACGUUUUCAGCAAGUACAACUCGGGAACCUACAACAACCAAUGGACGGUGCUAGACUGGAAACAUUUCACGCCGGGGCAGCCGAUUCCCGACAAGGAUAUGCUCUGGAUCCUCGAACAAGCGCCGUAAUCUCCAAACUGAUAGGUUCCGUCCAAGUUAUAUUUUUUAGUGGACACAUCGAUUCGCGCGACAUGACUUGGUACUUGAAACGCUAUUCUUACUGGCCUUCCUACAACAUUCCCUAUCUUCCUAGCAUCAGCCGAGUCGCCGGCUUUGAUGCUAAGGUGAUCGAAAAAGAUAACCCCCGAGAUUUUGAACUCUUUCAGGCUCGCCAGUUCAAAUGGUACGAGUGGGGAGGAUCUCCUCGUGCGCGAAUUUUCGACCGCGACCACCACAAAGUCGUCGACAUCGACUCUCUCACAAAGCUUAUGAGGUGAUUUUUUCUUGAAUCCAACCUGAUAAUCAAUUAAGGUACAACGAUUACACCAACGACGAGUUUGCCAAGUGCAAAUGCACGCCUUUGCCCUACACCGGCGAGGUCGACUCGGUUUUGAACUUUGGUGGAUGAAAGUUAUUUUUCAGGGAGGAAUCUCUGCCAGAGGCGAUUUGAACACUCCCAACGGCACUUAUGAAGUUGAAAGCAUGGGCUUCCGUGAUCAUGCCGGCCUCGAUUACAAGGUUCAUUAGUUAUGAUUAAUAUCCAUAGAGUCGAAUUGAGGGAACAAACUACGAGAUGUUCAAGAAGCUGCGGUUCCGCGCCUGGGGCGGACCGCCUUACGAUCCCGUUCCAGUUUUUGAGUUAGUUUUUUGAGCUAUUGUUACAAGCAGAAUUCUGUUUUUUUUUUUUCAGUUUCAUUUUUCCCAUCAAACUGUGAUGCUGGAAAACUGAAAAAAAAUUAAAAAUUUUCGUCAAAAACGCUGAUUCACUUUUUAUUUCUUCAAGAGCCAACUCAACUAAUCCUGAGCUUAAUAAAUGAUUUGCAAAAAAGUACUAAUGUAAAAUUGAAUGAAGCUGGCGGACGACGAAGCUGACCAACAUUCGGCACUUUGGACAGCCCGAUAGGUGGAACUUCACAUACGUCGACCUCGAGUGGCAGCUGCCCACGGAAGUUCUUCUCAAGCCUUAG